AUGCGAUUCACAAUCAUCUCCGUCCUCGCCCUUACCGUCGCCGCCACUGCCUCCGCCGCCGUUGCAACUCGUGACGGCCCCGAUUACGGCUCAUGGGAUUUCUCCGGCUCCGCCACCUUCCCCGUCAGCGGCUACACCUCCUACCAUGUUGACGCGACGUACCACAAUAGCGAGCUAGCAGCGCCGAUCGAGGUGACGUGCAGCUAUCUCUACAACCCUCGAGACAAGACAGAGACCGCGUCAUGCUCGGACCCAAGUUUUUCGUACGACUUCGGGGAUGUUCGGAGCAAAGCUAAUAUCCUGCGUGCUGUGGGCCAGGCUAACACUGUCGCAACUGUGACACUCAAGCAGACCGUCGGGCUGUGGGGAAGUAAUGUCACCGUGACUGGUGCGAAGGAGUUUGAUUUUGACUUCAGCGGCGGUGCCGGUUUUACGGGGACUGCUGCAGGUACCAUUGAGGCACAAACAGCUACGGCUUGA